AUGAUGUCACAUACUUGUAGAGGAGGUCAGUCAAACCAUAUGUUUCAUGUCACUACUUCCACAUCUGCUACUCAAUUUCUUCUUAGAAUUCAUCGUCAUGGCCAGAAUCAAUUUUUUACUGAUGCUGUUAACUUCGCUAUUUUUUCGGAACGAGGACUCGGUCCAAAGCUGUUUGGAUUCUUCGAAGGAGGACGAAUGGAAGAAUUUAUUCCCAGCAAAACAUUGAAUGCAGAUGAUGUAUUGAAACCAGAAAUAUCAUAUUCAAUUGGAUCUGUAUUCCCAAAAUACCACUCAAUUGAUGUUCCAGUUUCAAAGAAUCCAAAAUGUUUCCAGAUAAUGAGAGAAUCUCUUCGAGAAUAUUCACAACUCGGUGGAGGUGUCUAUACUAUUUCUUCUACGAAUGUAACCUAUUCUGAACAUCCAAUCGAAGUUUCCUAUGAAGAUCUCAACAGAGAAAUUGAUUUAAUGGAGAGAUGGUCGAUUGAGAUAUUUGAAGAAACAGUGGUUUUCUGUCACAAUGAUUUGACGUGUUCCAACAUACUCCAACUCAAUUCCUCAAAAGAAAUAAUGUUUAUUGAUUGGGAAUAUGCCACGUAUAACUACAGAGGAUAUGAUAUAGCAAUGCAUUUAUCUGAAACUGCAAUUGUUCGAAUGAUCUCUCCCGCAGGAAUCAAAAUUAAUGAGGAGUUCACUGAUAACCCACCAAAUCUUAGAACAUUUUGUGAGGCUUACGUAGAUUCAGCUAACAGGAUGAAGAAUCGUAAUCCCUCAAAUCGGGAUUUGGAAAUCGACAACCUCAUGAGAGAAUGUGAAUUCUUUUGGCCAACAACUCAUUUGUUCUGGGCAUGCCUUCUCAUGAAAUUAGGACAACUGGAGUGCAAUAAAGAGAUAAAUCUGGAUUCACAAGCACGAGAUAGAUUAGCCGUCUAUUUUCACUUGAAACCGAGAACUCAGAAGAUUUACAAAGAAAAUAUGAAGAAGUAA